UUAGUCCAAGUCCAGUACAAAUCCAUCCGCAUCCAAGAAAAAAAAAAAACCAAAAAAAACGAUAAAUUCUUGGACAUUUUUCUCUCAAUUUCUGUUUUGUUACUUUGUUCCUCUAGAACACAAAAGAAUACAAAAAAUUAAAUAACAACAAAAUUAUUUAUCAAAUAAAAUUCUUUAACAAAAUAAAACAAAAAAAAAAAAACUGAAAUCAUGAGUACAUCUUAUCGUCUCGUGGUCAAUAGCAGCACCAAAAGCUCGACACUUUCACGAGUCGUCUUAUCAAACUCGAGAGUGCAUUGCUGCUAGUCAUGAGAUUUAUAAAUUUUAAAUAAAACACACAAAAGACUUCAAAUCUCUCCGUCUAACAAAAAUAACAAAAAACGAAACAAAAAAAAAAAAACCAAAGAUGCGAUUAUUUGCAAAAAUUAAAUUAUUCCUUUCGAUUAUUUUGAUUGUUCUUGGUAUAACUUUGGCAUUUUGGCUUUGGAAGGACAAUGGAACAAAUGAAAUUCCAUCUCGAAGAACAUCCAGAAAUGGUCCAGCUACAAGCCCACCUGUUAUACUCUGGUGGACUAAACUCCUGCCAAAGUAUCAUCAAACCAAACGAUGCGGAUUCAAUCAAUGUACGUUUACUGUCGAUAGAAAUCUACUUAACAACAAUAACACAAAAGUUUUAGUAUUUUAUGGUUCGGACUUGAAUAAAACCGAUUUACCAUUACCUCGCCAACCCCAUCAUUUAUGGGCGUUGUUUCACGAAGAAUCUCCCAAAAAUGUGCCAUUUAUUCAAUCAGCAAAAAUUCUCAAGCAUUUUAAUAUAACAUCGACAUUUAGUCGUCAUUCGAAUUUCCCACUUACCACUCAAUUCAUUCAAAGUGAGAAGGAAUUAACCGAUCGAAAGUAUUUGGUUGCAAUUGGGACAAAAUCUUUAUUGCGUGAAACUGAGAAUCUAGCACCAGUGGCAUUUGUUCAAUCGAUUUGUGACACUGCCUCGGGAAGGAAUGAAUAUAUCAAAGAAUUGAUGAAAUAUAUUGAUAUUGAUUCGUAUGGAAAAUGUUUGCAUAAUAAGGAUUUGCCCAAAGAAUUGACUGGAGACUAUUUGAAUACAAUUCAAUCGGAGGAGUUCUAUCGAUUCUUUGCACGAUACAAGUUCAUCAUUGCCUAUGAGAAUGGUGUAUGCAAGGAUUACAUCUCGGAGAAAUUCUGGAGACCAUUGAUUAUGGGCAAUAUUCCUAUUUACUUUGGAUCACCAACAAUUAAGGAUUGGGAGCCAACAAAAAAAUCCGUCAUAUAUAUCUCAGACUUUGCCAGUCCAAAAGCUCUAGCCGAAUAUUUAAAACGUCUCGAUGCCAACGAUCACGAAUACAAUACAUACCUAGAUCAUAAAUACUCAAUGUUACAUUCCGUAACAAAUGAUUUACUUAAAGCCACCCUACUCGAACGAGAUUUUGAAUCCGACAAUCAAUUUGAAUUAUUCGAAUGUUUUAUAUGUAAUCGAAUUCAUGAUGAUAACUUUCACUCAAUAGCCGAUGUAGGGCACUAUGAUUGUGGUGGUGAUGGCGAUACCAAUAAUCGAUUGCAAUACCCUGCUAUGGAAACAUCAAUGAAACAUUCCGAUUGGCCAUCAAUUAUGUCAAUGGGUAAAUGUGAGGCAGGUGUGCUGGAUGCACUGCUUCAGAGGAAUACAAAUUUUACCGAGUUAGAAUUUGCCGAUAUGCUGCAACAAGAUAUUAAGACAACAAAAUGUCGAUUAUGAUGAUAAAGGGUAGGAUGUAAGGGAGAGUGGAUUGGAGUGAGAUAUUUGUAGAUUGAUACACACUUAUUUAGAGUUUAAGUUAUUAUUUUUUUUCUCUCUUUAAAUUUUUAGCUAAUUUUUAAUAAAAAAAAUAAAACUUUUUUUGUGAUAGAAAAAAAAAAAAAAUUAAAUAAAAGAC